GGGGGCCGGAGGCGGCUGUCACUGUCGGCUCAGCCUGCGCCGGGGAACAUUGGCCGCCUCCAGCUCCCGGCGCGGCCCGACCCGGCCCGGCUUGGCCGCCUCAGCAGACACCAGCCAGUCCUGGCAGUCAUGAGGCCUCCCUGGUACCCCCUGCAUACACCCUCCCUGGCUUCUCCACUCCUCUUCCUCCUCCUCUCCCUCCUGGGAGGAGGGGCAAGGGCUGAGGGCCGGGAAGACCCACAGCUGCUGGUGAGGGUUCGAGGGGGCCAGCUGAGGGGCAUCCGCCUGAAGGCCCCUGGAGGCCCAGUCUCAGCUUUUCUGGGCAUCCCCUUUGCAGAGCCACCUGUGGGCUCACGUAGAUUUAUGCCACCAGAGCCCAAGCGGCCCUGGUCAGGAAUAUUGGAUGCUACCACCUUCCAAAAUGUCUGCUACCAAUACGUGGACACCCUGUACCCUGGGUUUGAGGGUACCGAGAUGUGGAACCCCAAUCGAGAGCUGAGUGAAGACUGCCUUUAUCUUAAUGUGUGGACACCAUACCCCAGGCCUACUUCUCCCACACCUGUCCUCAUCUGGAUCUAUGGGGGUGGUUUCUACAGUGGAGCAUCCUCCUUGGACGUGUAUGACGGCCGUUUCCUGGCCCAGGUUGAGGGAACCGUGUUAGUAUCUAUGAACUACCGAGUGGGAACCUUUGGCUUCUUGGCUCUACCAGGAAGCAGAGACGCCCCUGGCAAUGUAGGCCUGCUGGAUCAACGGCUUGCCUUGCAAUGGGUACAAGAAAAUAUCGCAGCCUUUGGGGGAGACCCACUGUCAGUGACUCUGUUUGGGGAGAGUGCAGGUGCAGCCUCAGUGGGCAUGCACAUUCUGUCUCUGCCCAGCAGGAGCCUCUUCCACAGGGCUGUCCUGCAGAGUGGCACACCCAACGGGCCCUGGGCCACUGUGAGUGCGGGAGAGGCCAGGCGCAGGGCCACACUGCUGGCCCGCCUUGUGGGCUGUCCCCCAGGUGGCGCUGGUGGCAAUGACACCGAGCUGAUAUCCUGCUUGAGGACAAGGCCCGCUCAGGACCUGGUGGACCACGAGUGGCAUGUGCUGCCUCAAGAAAGUAUCUUCCGGUUUUCCUUCGUGCCUGUGGUGGACGGGGACUUCCUCAGCGACACGCCGGAGGCCCUCAUCAAUACUGGAGAUUUUCAAGACCUGCAGGUGCUGGUGGGUGUGGUGAAGGACGAGGGCUCCUACUUUCUGGUUUACGGGGUCCCAGGCUUCAGCAAAGACAAUGAAUCUCUCAUCAGCCGGGCCCAGUUCCUGGCUGGGGUGCGGAUCGGUGUACCCCAAGCAAGUGACCUGGCGGCCGAGGCUGUGGUCCUGCAUUAUACAGACUGGCUGCACCCUGAGGACCCUGCCCACCUGAGAGAUGCCAUGAGUGCGGUGGUAGGCGACCACAACGUUGUGUGCCCUGUGGCCCAGCUGGCUGGGCGACUGGCUGCCCAAGGGGCUCGGGUCUAUGCCUACAUCUUCGAACACCGUGCCUCCACAUUGACUUGGCCCCUCUGGAUGGGGGUGCCCCAUGGCUAUGAAAUCGAGUUCAUCUUUGGGCUCCCCCUGGAUCCCUCACUGAACUACACCGUGGAGGAGAGAAUCUUUGCUCAGCGACUUAUGAAAUACUGGACCAAUUUUGCCCGCACAGGAGACCCCAAUGACCCUCGAGACUCUAAGUCUCCACAGUGGCCACCGUACACCACUGCCGCGCAGCAAUACGUGAGCCUGAACCUGAAGCCAUUGGAGGUGCGGCGGGGACUGCGCGCCCAGACCUGCGCCUUCUGGAAUCGUUUUCUCCCCAAAUUGCUCAGCGCCACAGACACGCUGGACGAGGCGGAGCGCCAGUGGAAGGCCGAGUUCCACCGCUGGAGCUCCUACAUGGUGCACUGGAAGAACCAGUUCGACCACUAUAGCAAGCAGGAGCGCUGCUCAGACCUGUGACCCCUUGGGGGACCCCAGGUCCUGCCGUCCUGCCCGAGCCCCUGAUUGUAUAUACUAUUUAUUUAAGGGCUGGGAUAUAAUACAACCGAGCCCCCAGGCCCUGUCCACCCCGCCCCGACUUCCUCCCACUAGGGGAUCCUCAUCUUCUGCAUGUCUUGGGCUGAGCUCCCCUCCCCGCGGUGCCUUCGCCCCUCUGGGCCGCCAAUAAACUGUUACAGCUA